GGAAACUCGUUUUAGCAUUACCUUCUCAGACAAACAGGCAAAUUUCUCGGAUCUUUUUCCCUCCCACGUUUUGCCGCGGUGAUGCGGCAAACUCACGGAAAUAUGUCACGCACUCGUAUCGCCAUUCAGCGCUUCCGCCACACCUACACCGCGUUAUCAUCAUCAGCUGCACUUACUCGCUCCCAAUUCCAAUGCUCUCAACAACAUCUCACGCGCGCACCCCUCCUCUUCCACGCUCCUCGUCAUUAUUCAUCUUCCCCCAAACAAGACUAUCCCACCGGAGACUUUGAUUUCAAGCCCAUCACAGGCUGGAAAAAGUUCACCGUCAACCUCAAGAUGCUAACGGCUUUCCCCUGGGAGCGUCUCCGAUACGGCACCCUGUUAACAAUCAAGUUGCGCGGCCAGAUAUCGGAUCAGCUCAAUAGUAGGUUCUCCCCGGGAUUAUCUCUGCCUCAAAUCUGUGAUAAUUUCUUCAAGGCAACUUAUGACCCUCGAAUUUCCGGCAUCUAUCUCCAUAUUGAUAUUUUAAAUUGUGGUUGGGCAAAGGUCGAAGAAAUUCGAAGACAUAUCUUGAAUUUCAGAAAAUCAGGAAAAUUUGUUGUGGCUUACGUCCCUUCAUGUCGAGAAAAAGAAUAUUAUAUUGCGUGUGCCUGUGAAGAAAUAUAUGCCCCUCCAAGUGCAUAUUUUUCUUUGUUUGGAUUGACUGUUCAAGCCCCAUUUCUCAGAGGUGUUUUAGAGAAUCUUGGAAUUGAACCAGAAGUGGAAAGGAUUGGCAAAUACAAAAGUGUAGGAGAUCAACUUACCCGUAAAACCAUGUCUGAAGAUCAUCAUGAGAUGCUUACUGCGUUGCUUGAUAAUAUCUAUACUAAUUGGCUGGACAAAGUCUCUUCUGCUAGAGGAAAGAAAAGGGAAGAUAUUGAGAACUUCAUAAAUAAAGGUGUCUAUCAAGUAGAGAGACUUAAAGAAGAGGGCUUCUUAACAGACAUAAUCUAUGAUGACGAGGUUAUCACUCGGUUAAAGGAGAGACUUCAAGUUAAAACUGAUAAAAAUCUUCCUAUGGUUGAUAACAGAAAAUACUCUGGAGUUAGGAAAUCGACUCUUGGACUAUCAGGUGGCAAAGAAUUAAUAGCCAUCAUCCGAGCUUCAGGGAGUAUUCGCCGUAUCGAGAGUUCAUUAAGUACCCGUAGCUCUGGUAUCAUUGGAGAGAAGUUAAUUGAGAAGAUACGCAAAGUUAGAGAGUCAAAUAAAUACAAGGCUGCUAUUAUCCGAAUUGACAGUCCAGGAGGGGAUGCUCUUGCUUCUGAUUUGAUGUGGAGAGAAAUCAGGCUUCUGGCUGCCUCAAAACCAGUCAUUGCUUCAAUGUCUGAUGUGGCAGCAAGUGGAGGGUACUACAUGGCAAUGGGAGCAGGAGUUAUUGUUGCAGAAAGUCUUACCUUAACUGGUUCAAUUGGAGUGGUCACAGGAAAAUUUAACCUUGGGAAACUUUAUGAGAAGAUUGGCUUCAACAAAGAAAUCAUAUCAAGGGGUAGAUAUGCUGAGCUCCGUGCAGCUGAACAGCGUUCUUUAAGACCAGAUGAAGCAGAGCUAUUUUCCAAGUCUGCGCAGCAUGCUUAUAAACAAUUUCGAGAUAAGGCAGCUUUAUCCAGAUCUAUGACUGUAGACAAGAUGGAAGAGGUUGCACAAGGAAGGGUUUGGACUGGUAAGGACGCAGCUUCUCACGGUUUGGUUGAUGCUAUUGGUGGCCUUUCUCGAGCUGUUGCCAUAGCAAAAUUGAAGGCCAAUAUACCGCUGGACAGACAGGUUACUGUGUUGGAGCUCUCGAGACCGAGCCCUUCUCUACCCGAGAUUUUACGUGGUCUAGGUAAUUCUCUCGUUGGAGUAGACAGAACUUUCAAUGAAUUACUACAGGACUUGACAUUUUCCCAUGAAGUCCAAGCACGAAUGGACGGAAUCAUGUUUGAGAAAUUGGAAGGAUAUCCAUAUGCCAACCCCAUUUUGGCAUUGAUAAAAGAUUAUCUUAGUUCCCUGUAGUUAUUUAUAAACUUUUCCUUCUAUUUGUGUUUUUCAUUGUAUAAUGAUGCAUACAAUCCACUGAAAAGCACAUACCCAUGCGUGAAUAUCUCAUCCUGCUUCCUCUUGCACAAUGGGAACUAUAUCGUGUGUAUAAUUUUGGAGAAAAUUUGAUUCCAAAAAAAAAUAAAGAUAUGUUAAUUUACUCAAAUUUAA